AGAGUGCGGCACACUCCCCUCGCCGGCUCGCGCGAGCCACUCGCACGUCUGCGUAAAAAUAAAAGUCCACUGCGCUUGCGUACUUCAACCUAUAUAGAAAUUAUUAGUAAAUCGCGGAGCGUGCGCUCGGCAGCCGCCGGUUCCGGAUCACUUGCGAAUAUCCAAAUCUAACCUCGAACAGUGUCAUAUCUGCUGAACUAACUUCGACAAACAGUUAAAAGGUGAUAAAAGUUGUGUACACAGUGUUCAUUGUGAAGUAAUAUUGCGACGCCUACGCUCAUAAAUAAAUGCCGGCAACGUGCGCGUGAGUUUUCGAUCGAUUAAGACAGAGUAGACGUAUAAUAAAUAAUGAUAAAGUGAUUUUAUAUGUGAUACCUGUGCAGUGUAUUUCGUAAUCAUGCCGGAUAAACCAAGAAGACGUAAAAAUAACAAAAAUAAACGGAAAAAUAAUAGGAAUAACAAAAGUGAACAAUCCCCUAACAAGGUCAGUGCUAAUGACAUAGAAAAUAUAGUUGAAUGUGUGAAUGACGAGGUAGGACAAAGUAAUGUUACCGCAGACUUAGAAAACUCGCUCGAAAAAAUUUCAAAUGAAGUUAAGGAAUUUUCUACUGCAUUAAAUAGUAAUGAAACAAAACCUGAAAAUAAAAUUCCUGAAAAUGAAUCACAGAAAACUGCAGGGCCAUCAAAUGAGAGCCCUUGCAACCCAGUUGAUUCUUCUGUCAAAAAAACAGAAGAUGAGGUAGAUUGUGCUUGCUACGAUAAAAAAGAAAAAAUUACAGAUGAUUUGAACUCAAAUAAUAUUCCAAAUUUAUCCAAAGUAAGCGAUACACAAAUUGGCAAUACAAUUACAAGUGAACAAAAAGAAAUUGAUGUAGACAUUUUAAAUAAACGUGACGAAUCUCAUGUUGAAUAUCUUGUUGAAUCUCCAGACCAAAAGGCAGUGCAUAACCCUAAAUUAUCUAACAACGUAAAAAGUAAAAGCGUUGACAAUGAUGAUAGUCCAACUAUAACUGAAGUAACGGAAGAAAUUGAACAAAAUAAUGAAAAUGAUGCUAGUCUAUCCAUAAUAGAUUGUAAGAAUGCUAUAAUCACCGAUGCUGAUUCUGAUAUUGAGUGGCAAAAAACCGAUGACUUAAAAGACUCUGACGUAAGCUAUACAAGUGAUGCCAAAAUUUUACCCGUUACUAGCAUUCCACUUAACACUGCGCAGUGUAACAAGGCUAAUAUUUUGAAAAGUGAAGACGAGAUUUCACUAAGAAAUUUUUUGCAAACAUUAAAUCUCUCCGCCAAUCCUGACGAUUCAAACACCUUAGAAAUAAGAGCAGAAAUAGAACAUAUUAUUAAUAGGGAAAUAAAGCAUAGGUUACGAAAAAGAGGACUGGCAGAGGAUUUAGUUUUUCAGAGAGGACCGUCAAGGUCGUUAACCGUGAUUGACGAAGAAGGGAGCAGUGAAUCUUCAGCUACAUCUCGUCGCCAAUCUUACUUAAGUGAAAAAGCUAGUGAUACUGAUGAGUUAGAAGAUGACGUGUUUGAAAACAAAUUUAAAGCUGGCAAAGAUCAACGAGGUCAAAUAAGACCAGCUCAUCGCGUAUAUCCAACAUUUCAAACAAUACCGCAAGAGUGUAUUCGUGUAGAUGCUAAAAUAAAAGAACCUGAAAUAACGGAAGCUCGAGGUAGCUGGGCAAUGAAACAAACAGAAACAUUGACAGGAGCUGAGUUGGUUUAUUUGACAGACUCAUCCAGUAGCACUAGUUCUGUAUACGACCUUAAUGAUGAUAAAGAAACUGCGGAAGAUAAUGAUGUUGCUGUGCGAAUAAUAACACCAACUAUUGAAGUUACAGAUGCAGAAAAACUUUUGACAAAUUCGUGUUUAAUGAAACAAGAAACUGAUAAGAAAGAUCACAAAAUUGAAAAUAAAGUAGUUACUAAAGUACCUAAUGAUACUGUCGACAUAUCAACUCAAAAUAACAAACAUAUUAAUCCCCACGAAAUAGUUAUAGAAUCGAUUGAUAACAUUGAAACUAAUUUAUAUGUUAAAGAAAUACCUAACGAUAGUUCACCUAUCCUUGAAAACAAAAUUAAUGACAGUGAUCUUAUAAAAACGAAUGAAAAUUGUCCUAAAAUAGCAAACAAAUAUGAUUUAGAAAUGAAAGUCAUAAAAUGUGAAUUAAAUGAUGCAAUUAACAACUUAAUAAAAGAAGUAACGUCAGAUUCUGAAUGUGUGCAAUCUGAAAACUUACUUCAACGUCAAGAUUCCUCUAGUAGCCUUGGAUCGUCUCAAUGUACAGCUAAAUAUAAUCCAAAUCAUUCUUCUCUUAACGACGUCGCUGAUAUUAUAAGUGAAAAUCAUAUUGAACCAUAUACUCAUGUCACUCACGUAAAAGAAGUUUAUGAGCGAGCGGUUACUGAUAAAAAUGAUUUGACCAAUAAAACAAAUUCCAAAGCUGUUUCGCAGCCGUAUACGUUAAAAGAAGUAUGUCUACAAAAAAUAACGUCACUUCCAUAUGGUGAUAAAAUUAUAGAAGAACUUGCUAAUGUUUCAGAAUGUUUACAGAACAUGAGCUUACAAAAUGCGACAGAAUCUAAGAAAAUAUUGGAAUCACACAGUGACGCCAAAAACAAUAUACCAGAACGUAGCUCGAUACCACCUCCAAUUCAACCAAGAACAUCUUCGUUUAAAAUCACAAAAGAUGAGUAUAAUCAAGAAUUUUUACCUACCCCAGGUAGGAAUAUUAGAUGUGUGUCACCAUCAAAUAAAAUGUUAAUGGAAAAAACUAACACUGUUAUUAAAGAUGAUAAGCCACGAUUUUCACUGCCUACACAAAAUAAUUUAAAGCAUACUGAUGACAAUUAUUUUAUACACAGAGACAAUAAUAAAACUUAUCAAAUGAAAUCUGAAACUGGGAGUCGAUUAUUAUCUCUACUGCGUGAUACCUCUGUUAAAAGCAAUAGUAGUCCAUUUCUAUACAAGUCAAAUACAAAUGAUAAUUUAGAAAAAUUAUCAAAAAUAGGUUUCUCUGAGAACUUUCGUCAAUACGCUAAGGGCAACAAAUGUACAGUAUCACAAUUUGAAUCACAUGAAAAAUAUAAGAGCGAUACGUUUAGACCUUUACCUUCCCCAAAAUUAAGAUCAUUUUCGUCUUCUUUUUAUGAAAGCGAUGAUAGUUCAGAUAUUACUGAAAACACUUUACGAAAGAUGCAUAAUGAAAAGAGAUAUUUCCAUUAUUCUACGGGUACUUUAAAUAAAGACAUUGAAAAUGACGUGUCAUCAAUUCAAAACAUGCACAGACAUUAUAUUAAUGUAAGAGACAAAUCUCAAGAGUCUCGCCCACGUAGACCAUCAUUGCCUAAGGAUUUAUGUGACCAACAAAUGGAAUAUAUAAGACAAAAAGAAAAAGAAGUCGAUGCAGAAUUAGAGCGCCUACAACGAGAAAAUACAUCAUUGAAAAAUAAAAGAAGUCCUAAAGCACCUAUGAUUGCCGAAGAAAGUUUCGAGCGUAGAACACUUUCCUCGUACAAAAAGCCAUUAAUAAAAGAAGUCCAUUCAACUAGAACAGAUAAAAAGCAAAUGUCAUCUAUAUUUAGCAGUAGUGAGGAAGAGCUGCGACGUGAAAAAAUGUAUUCUGAAUAUGUUAGUCAAAUGGCUGAAAGAGAAAAGAGAAGAGAACAUAAAGUUAUUAAGAUAACUAAGCCAUCUCCAAUAGAAAGUGCCAAAAUUUCUAAAAGCACGACAGCACUAGACUCAAUAGACCGCAAAGUCAACAAUCCUAUUGAGGGUGAAUUUAUUUCUAAAGCAAGAGAGAGGUGGAAUAAACUAGGUAUCAUGGACCCCGAGACUGAAGACGAGAAGGAACAAAGUGAUGUGUAUAGAGAACCUAAAGUUAUAGAACAUAAAAUAAAAGUGAUCGAUGCUGGGGAGGAAAAAGACGUUAAAAGACUUCCCAAUCACUUGCAGGAGUUUGUGAGUUUUACGGUUAAAGACACAGACAGAAAAAACAGCCCUGAGACCGUCAUGAUAACUCCGACGUUCAAGGCGCGGUCCUCCUCGCCAGUGGUGUGGAGGCCUGGCGCUCCGGCGGCGCCCGUCCGAAGCGAGAGCUCGAGCACGCCCGGGGCUCCGCCCCCGCCGCCGCCGCCCGUGUGGAGCCCGAGUAGCGCGCCCUCGCCGCAGUCCCAGCGCAAGACCUUCAGGCCUGUCCACUUCGAGGAGUCCCCGCCGCCCAGGCGAAAAGCGAGCGCUGAGAACGGGUGCUUGAGCGGCUCCGACAGCGAGGGCCGGCUGAAGACGUCCCACAGCGCGCCCGUCACCGGCCUCAACACCCUGGGACUGUCCACCAACUCCCGUCUUCCCAGGGCGCAGAACCCUACUGUCACGCUGCUGCAGAAGGCUAGAGAGGGACUUCUCCAGCAGACGAAUAUUAUUCAACAAGAACGAGACGCUCGGCUGCCGAGAGAUAGACCAUCGCCACCUAGAGGAGAUCCAGUUUAUGCAUUGCGCGCGGAGUACGACGCUAGCGAGGGCGACGGGCGGCGCAGUAAGAUGUCGGAUGGCCACAAGAAGGUCGACGGCAUCGGACCCACCACCAAAGACGGCAUGCCCGUCACACUCAGAUCUGAAGUAAAGGACCCCUCAAGAUGGUACAAGAAAAUGUACGACACAAUCCACAAAAACAAAUACGACGACGAUUAUGUGACUAUUCGAUACAAAAACCGCCGAGGUGAAACCAUCCAGAGGCCGAGCAGCAACCGUUCCCAGUACGCGUAUUUCGACCCGCGCUCGGGGUAUCUCAGCGAGCCGGAAGGGCGGCGCGUGCCGUCCGCCUGGAGCGACUACGACAGCGACGCGACAGGACCUCGCAGAAGGACAGCAUCCGUACAGGAGGAGAGGAGGAACGAGUCACCGUACAUGACUAAUAAGUACAGUACCCUAGCAUCGGCACGAGCGAGUCAAGAAGUAUACAAGGGCCAGCCCGGACGGAUAGAGAACUACGUCCCCGGCCGCUCCUCCGUCAUAGACAAGGAGGCCAAACAGUGGUGGGACGAGGUCAUGGACAUUUUUGACGGGUGGCUAGAUGAGAACGCCCCUCUGCCUCCUUACACCACCUUCCUCGCUCGCGCCAUACAGAAAAAUCAACGAAAUAUGUCCAACUCGUCUCUACCACAGGCGUCACCGAAAGAAAAGAAAGAUAUCACAUCUACGAUCCUAUCAAAAUCUAAUAUGGCAAGGGCGCUAAAGGAAUCCGGCUACGAGUCAGACUCAACGCUUAUAUUCCGGAGGAGAGAGGAGACGGACGGUCCUUUAUCACCGGCGGAGAGGAGGGCGGCGUAUAGAGACCUACAGGCGGGGGGCGAACCCCCCUUGAGGGGGUUCCGAUCACCAGCCCCACCUAGACAAGAGGGUGAAUCAGCCCCCGAGCCUCCACGCCGCUCUGCAUAUGGCAGCUACUCAGAUACAGAAUCUCCGAAUCGUCGGUACGUGGAGAGCGAUGUGAACAUCCACUACCGCUGCCCGGUUCGCCGGGACCCUCUUCCCCUCGUCCCGGAGCGGGAACUGGCCAGGCAGCAGGCGGAGCACAUGAAGUCCCUGUACAGGGAGCAGAAGAGGAACAAGUAUUUACAGGAUAAUAAUAUAGAUCCUCGGGACAUAGAGGCUUUCGAUGCGUCUAUGAAGGAACUACAAGACGCCCAGAACAGAAGGCAUCAAGACAACUUCAUGCCGUCGCAGAAGCUAGUUAUACCACCAAAUAGGUACGAUGAGGCCGAGAAGAUCGUUGCGAGAGCCUUAUACACCUUCAACGGACAGACCUCGAGAGAGCUGAGCUUCAGGAAGGGCGAUUUCAUCAGCGUCCGCCGGCAAAUCGACGCCAACUGGUACGAGGGAGAAAUCCACGGAAGAAUCGGACUUUUCCCCUACAACUAUGUUGAGCUGCUAAAAGGUGACGGAUCAAGAUCACCGCGAAGAUCGGCAGUAAUCGAAGGUCGAGCGAAAGCGAAAUUCGAUUUCACCGCGCAGACCAACCUCGAACUACCUCUGAAGAAGGGAGAGAUCGUCACGCUGACGAGGAGGAUAGACCAGAACUGGUGGGAGGGAAGGAACGGCCACAAAACGGGCAUCUUCCCCGACAGCUAUGUUACAGUAUUACAGGAGCCCAGUCAAAGUAAACCCGAAUCGCAACCCAUACUGAACACGGACAAGCCGGUAGCGUCGCCCGCCGCGCACGGUCUGCUCAAUGGGUCUGAUAAGAGGAGCAUGGGCACCCACAGCUACACGCCGCAGCAGAACAGCUCAGCGCUUGCCAACGCACCGCCCGCCACACAACCCUUGCCAGGCUACGCGGUGAGCAAAAAUCAGCGGACGGUGACGCCGUCGGACCGCGGGUACGGUCCGCCCACCGGCGCCGGCGUCGACCUCAACAACACUGAGCCUCUAUACGUCGAUACCAAUGCUGAGGCUAUACCAUACCGAGCGAUGUACAAGUACCGGCCACAGAACCCUGACGAGUUGGAGCUGAGCGAGGGCGACACGGUGUACGUGCUGGAGAAGUGCGACGACGGCUGGUACGUCGGCUCCAGCCAGCGCACCGGCCGGUUUGGCACCUUCCCAGGCAACUAUGUGGAGCGCAUCUGAUAGCGCGAGGUGUCGCUGCUGCGCCGCCUGCGCCGCGCCGCGCUCUGUGCGCGACGCGCGCGACGCACGCGCUGACACGACACAUCACAACACGACACUCAUCUCUAUACCACUGACAUAUUAUGCGGGCUGACUGGGAGUUUUUGUUACUCAACGUAAGUAUGUUUAGGACCAAAACAGCGCCCCUAGUGGAAAACUAUUGUAACUGAGAUUCAAAGAUUUUAUAUGCGAACCAAACAGUACAUACCUGGAAUUAUUGUAAAUACAAAGUCAGCAUCUUGUGUAUGCGUUUGCUUUAGAAAUCAAAACAAUUAAAACUUGUAAGCUAAUCAAAUUUCACAAGGUGAUCCUUGAUUUGUAUGGAAUCAAAGCAGCGCCCCUAGCGGCGAACUGUGGUAACUUAUUCAACGCUAUACAAGAUUGUCCGUUGUCGUUAAUGUGCUCACGGUGAGAAAUAAAAACUCACAUUCAGCACGCAAUACGUCACUAUCGCUAAAGGUACUAAACUCCUUUUGAUAUAUUCUAAAUAAAAAAACCCUAAUACUGCCUAUACAAUAUUAUAUUAUAUUAGAAAUGUCUUGCGUUCGUGACUGUACAUUUUGUAAGUAACUUUUUAGAGAUUUUGUUAAAUAUAAUAAUAUGCUUCUAGUAUCGAGAUGAGUGAAUAUUGAGAGGCAGAUGCAAACUAUUACGAAUUUACGAAAAAUAUUACGAAUUCUAUUGGCUUUUGAAUGUAAAAACUAAUAAAAAUACUUUCAGUAACUGUUUUAAACUAUUGUAUCAUACUCUACCGUAGUAAGUUGGUCUGUCUCUCGCUUAGUAUUAAUUCUCUACAUACCUGUGCCUGAUAAGUAAGUAGUCAUUUGAAACCCUUUUAGAAUAUAUCGAACGUUGCGCUUUGUCAUGUACCGAGGAGGCACGCACAAUUGAAAUGUUACCAAAAAGCUGAACCAUGACUUUUGAUAUUGUUUUAUAAUGACUACCCUAAUACAAUAUAAAUAUACAGUAGAGUAACUCAGCCAAUCGGGCGGAAUACUGUAUAAGUAGAGGUCUACUGUAUACGAUUAUAUUGUGACAAUAAUGUGUGUUGUCUUCCGAAUGCUCUAUGUUUUAGACUAGAGUAAAUGUGAUUUGGUUGCAAAUCAGACAUUUUCAAUGUUCUCAUUCAAUUUUUCAUCAAUUUGUAAACACUACAUGGUUUACAGUAUAUCCGAUGGUCACCUGUGACUU